AUAUCACUCCACAGAGCAGAUCUCUGCACUGGCACACAAAUACACACCUGCACAGAAACAGGCUAUGCGGUCCCCAUAUUUCCCAGCACGGACAGUACUGUUCCGGAAGGAGCCGAAUGGUGUGACAUACCGAAUCCCGGCACUGCUCUACCUUCCCGGUUCCUCCUGCUUCCUGGCCUUCUGUGAGGAGCGGCUCAGCCCAGCUGACUCCCAGGCACAUCUGCUAGUCUUACGCAGAGGCACCUUCUAUCGCAACUACGUGGAGUGGGAGGAUAUGAGGGUACUGGAGUCUGCUCGUCUGCAGGGUCAUCGCUCCAUGAACCCCUGUCCUGUCUAUGAUGAGUUCACCAACACCGUGUUCCUGUUCUUCAUCGCUGUGCUUGGCAACACCACAGAGUCCUUCCAGCUGGUCACAGGGAAGAAUGUGACUCGUCUCUGUUUCGUGUCCAGCAACGACCAAGGACAGACCUGGAGUCCUGUGACUGACCUCACCAAAAACGUCAUUGGGGACACCAUCAAAGAUUGGGCCACCUUCGCUCUCGGUCCCGGCCACGGGAUUCAGCUGAAAUCGGGGCGACUCUUGGUGCCAGCGUACGCCUACCACAUAGACUGCAGGGAUUGCUUCGGGCGGCGGUGCAUGACCACGCCCCACUCCUUCUGCUUCCACAGCGACACGCACGGCCGCAGCUGGCGCUUCGGCGAGGCGGUGGCCACCCUGGACAGCGUGGAGUGCCAGAUGGUGUCGGUGGACGAGGAGGACGGCAGUAACCUGCUGUACUGCAACGCGCGGAGCCCGCUGGGGUGCAGGGUGCAGGCGCUGAGCUUUGACGACGGCGCCGUCUUCCGGGACGAGCAGCUGGUGCAGAAGCUGGUGGAGCCGCCGCACGGCUGCCACGGCAGUGUGGUGGGAUUCCCAGCCCCCAUCCGCUUGCCUCACGGUUUCAACACCCUGAAACUCGGCCCCCACGGCUCUGCCCCAUCUCUCACCAGGCACUGGACCUCCUUUUCUGUCCCGCCGGCUGCAGACCCUCACCCCUCUGAAAACUUCCUCACGCCCACGUGGGUUGUUUACUCCCACCCCACGUGGUCCAACGCCCGGCGAAACCUGGGCAUGUACCUCAGCCUGUUCCCACGAGACCCCGACAGCUGGUCAGAACCCUGGGUCAUCUACGAGGGGCCCAGCGCCUACUCCGAUCUGGCCUACGUGGAGCUUCCCACCACAGAAGACCCGCCCAUCACUGCCUUUGCCUGCCUCUUUGAGAAUGGCACAAGGACGGCGUAUGACGAGAUCUCCUUCAGCAUCUUCACACUCUAUGAGCUCAUCGACAACAUCCCCCGAAACAGGCUGGGCUCCAACAGGGCUGAGGCAGAGAGAAGGAAGAAGAAGAGGAGGAGGAGGAGGAACGAGAGGAUCACACUAUGUGGUCUGUGCAGCAUCUCCUAG